AUGACGAAACGACUGUCAAAUGAAGUCGAAACGGAAUUGGCAAAAAGAGGAGUUUGGUUGGUAAAGGUUCCGAGAUAUUUAUCCGAAUUAUGGGAAGCGAAUGAAGGAAAUGUUGUUGGAAAACUGAAAAUUGGAGAACAAGUCAAAUUUCAUGUUCAACAAGGUCUUCAGCAACCAACUCGACCAAAUGAAGGACCUUCAAGUUCGAAGAGUUCUGUCUCAGAAAUUCCAACAGAAUAUUCAUUUCUUCUUCAUGACAUCAAAAAUCAAACAAUGACAGUUUUAAGUGAAGAUAAAAAGGGUUUAGAUAGUGAUAUGAAUGUGAAAACUGGAAAAUUGGCGAUCGAGGGAAGAAUUGUGAAAAAAGCCGAAUGUCGACCACCGGCAACUUUGAAAUAUUUGAAAAUGAAACAAGAACAUAUUGUGAAGAAUACACAACCCAAAAAGCAAGUUAAACUAUUGGAAAAGGUUUGUAAAUAUAUAAUUCUAUUGAAUUCAUGAAUGAAGUCAAAUAAAUCGAAAUGUUUGUAGGCUGCCGUCAAAUUCAAGCCAGUUUCAAUUCAUCCCGAAGAUUUGGCUCGACAAAAAGCCAAAAAAGAAGGUGCCAAAACAUAUCGAGCAGAUCGAGAUGUUCUUCGUGGUGCACUUUUCAAUGCUUUCGAAAAACACAGUUAUUACAGGUUAGAUUUUUUUGUAAUUUUAAAAUAUAAAACAAAAUCGAAAAACAAAAAUUCAACCAUUCAAUCACAAUGUGUAAUUUACUACCCCAAACCUCUUUUUUUUUUUGAAAAAAAAACACUGGCCCAAGGUAUUUCAAUCAAACACGUACCAUUCACAUCGUUUUACUUACAAUUCGAGCAAACAAAAUUUGGCAAUAGUCCUCAAGCGUAUUAGGAAUAACGUAACAUCUAGAAAUGCCCGUAAUAAUCUCAUUAAAUGGAAACAAAAACAAUCAGAUAAGGCACGUGAACUGAAUUUAUUUUUAAUAAAAAUGUGAUCAUUUUCAACUUUGCAUCUCUGUAUUUUCCAGACUGCAUGAUCUUCAACAACUUACUCAACAACCAAUCAGUUAUGUGAAGGAUGUUUUGCAAGAGAUCGCGGUUUACAAUCCAUCUCCACCACACAAAAGUUUGUGGUCGUUGAAGCCGGAAUAUUGUAAUUAUAAAGUCAACUCAUCUAGUUCAGCUUGA